AUGACAGGACAUUUGAAGCCUAUUAACCAGGCUGAUAAGCUGAAACCAACGUCAAGAACUAGACGUACCUCAUCCGUAGGGAAGAUCGAUUUAGGUGAUACCGUACCAGGGUUAUCGGCAUCCUCAAAUUCUAAGGAGGCAAGACAUGCAUCAAAGGAAAGAGUUAGAAGGUUAUCCUCCAGUAAUGCAUCUGAAAUUAAUAUUUGGCAAAGAUUCUGGUUAAAUUAUAGAGAACUUAGCUAUCAACACACAUGGGUCACGCCAUUAGUUAUCAUGUCAGUUGUCUAUGCUGGCUAUUUGGUUUCUGGCGAUUAUACACCAAACAAUCCCUUGCACAUGUUUGUUACCAUAUCUUAUCAAGUUGGUGAAACCAAUGAAUACGGCAAAGGUAUUAAAGAUUUGUGUUUUAUCUUAUUUUACAUGGUAUUCUUCACAUUUUUACGUGAAUUCCUGAUGGAUGUUGUUAUUAGACCAUUGACGUUAAAAUUGGGGGUCAGAUCUAAUCAUAGAAUUAAGCGUAUGAUGGAGCAAGUUUACGCCAUUAUCUACUACGGUGUCUCAGGUCCUAUUGGACUGUACCUUAUGUAUGACUCUGACUUAUGGUUUUUCGAAACGGCCCCCAUGUACCUGACAUACCCAGAUUUCACCAAUAGUUAUAAGUACAAAUGGUUCUAUUUGGGACAAGCUUCAUUUUGGGCUCAACAGGCAGCUGUUUUAGUACUACAACUAGAAAAACCAAGAAAGGACUACCCAGAAUUGGUUUUCCAUCACAUUGUUACGUUGCUUCUAAUUUGGUCAUCCUAUGUGUUCCAUUUCACCAAGAUGGGUCUAUUCGUCUAUGUGACUAUGGACAUUUCCGAUUUUUGGUUAUCUCUUUCCAAGACUGUCAACUAUUUGGACCAUCCUUCGACACCUACAGUCUUUAUCACUUUCAUCUUCCAUUGGGUGUAUUUGCGCCAUUGGGUCAAUAUGAGAAUCUUAUGGUCAGUUUUGACAGAAUUCCGUACUGUUGGUGAUUUCGUGCUAAACUUUGCAACUCAGCAAUACAAAUGUUGGAUUUCUCUACCCAUUGUCUUUAGUCUGAUUGCAGCUUUACAAUUGGUUAACUUGUAUUGGCUGUUUUUAAUCUUGAGGAUUUUAUACCGCCUGCUGAAGGACAAUGUUAGAAAGGACGAAAGAAGUGAAAGUGAAUCCGAUGAAGAAGAAUUAGCACAAACUCCAACAAAUGACGAAUCCAACGAGGCCAAAAAGGAGAAGGCUUUAUGA